UAACAACUUAAUAAUAAAAAAUAGUAAAAUUUUUGGAAAAAAAUGUUAUUAAAUAAGACAAUACUUGUAACAGGUGCUUCAAGAGGGAUCGGCCGAGCAGUUGUGGAAGAAUUGCUUAAAAGUUAUGAAUAUACUUUUGUAGUUGCAGUAGUGCGAUGUAGAUCGUCUUUAGCUACAUUGCAAGAGAAAUAUGAGUCUCGGAUAGCAGUUGUUGAAGGAGAUCUUAAGGAUGAGAAGACGAGUGUUGAUUCGGUUAAUACGGCAAUACAAAGAUUUGGACGAUUAGAUUCUCUUAUUUUGAAUGCGGCGGUUGUAGAACCUAUUGGGAAAAUUGCAGAUAUUGAUGUAGAAUCAUGGAAAGCUCUAUUUGAUGUGAAUUACUUUUCUCUUCUUUAUACGUUGAAAAGUGCAAUUCCAUAUUUACGAUUAGUUUGUGGUAGAGUAAUUUUUAUUUCUUCUGGUGCAUCUACAAAUCCAUAUAAGAGUAUGGGUGCGUAUAGUGGAUCAAAGGCUGCUAUGAAUCAUUUAUCUUCUGUUUUGGCGAUUGAAGAAAGUUCGAUUACUUCUGUUUCUCUUCGACCCGGAGUAGUAGAUACACAAAUGCAAACAUCCCUAAGAGAAAAACACGUCUCAAAUCUAGAUAAAGAUAUGCAUGCUAGAUUUAUGAAUCUUCAUCAAACAGGCCAAUUGAUUUCGCCAGAAGACUCUGCAAGAAUUAUUGUAAUUCUAGCUUUAUAUGCCAAGAAAGAAUUAAGUGGCAGAUAUAUUAGUUAUGACGAUAAAGAAUUGAUGGAAUAUGUGACUCAUGAUUAAUCAAUUCUCUUCUCCAAAAAUGUAUAUUUUGAAUUUUUGUAUUAG